CUGUAUCUCAGGCGAGCGAUCUCUGCCGCCUCCAAGCAGCAACGUUUGCUCGGGACGCACAUCUGCAAACAGGGAAUUUCAGCUGGCAUUUUUAGGAUUGUCUGCAUGUGUCAAUGUGAGAGAAGAAGUCCUCACACCCACACGAGGCGCUCCAGGAAACUGGCCGCCGUAAAAAAUAUGAGCGUUUGGAACAAAAAGAGCGCCAGAGGAGCGGGCGCGCACAGAGACGCACGCUUCAAAAUCAUUCCAUGCUUUGGAGGCGUUUCAGAGGAUGAGUGCAAAGGAAUCCAAUCUAUUGCAGGCUGAUCUGUGAGGAGUUUCUUCCUUCGUGAACUCUCUCUCUUCUCCCACCCCUCCUCCAGUGACUUAACUUUCCUCUUGGCUUUCCAAGGUCCUCAGUCUGCUUGAAUGCCGCAGGACGGCGAGACCCCCCCUGUCAGGAGCGCCAGCGCGGUUCACUGGCGGAGCACCUCUGGCGAAGAGCGGAGAGGGAGGACUUGACCGCGGCCACUUUUGCCACAACACUAGGUCACGAAGUCAGUUCCCAGUCACUUCGGUGAGUUCCAUAAAGUCCAUCAUCUUCAUUUGCCAGUUGUCUAUUGAUGAGCCAUGAAAGUCUACCUCUUUCUCUUCCUCGCAGCGCUGAAUGGAGACAUCUCAACCUUCUCAACGAUGGAACGGUUGCCCUGUGAAAUUAGAAGUAUGGAGGCAUUUUGUCACGGCAAAGAUCUUCACCAGAUACCUCCAGAGCUUCACCCAAAUUUACGUAAAAUCGACCUCUCCAAAAACAAGCUGCUGAACAUCACAGAGAGCCCCCUGGCCUUUUACACCUCCCUCCACCAUCUAGACUUAAGUUCCAAUUAUAUCGGUUUCAUCGAGCCUGAAAUCUUCAGAGAUAUGAGGAAUUUGGAGGAGAUCAACUUGGCUGGCAACCAGCUCUACCAGUUGGCUCAGCACGACCUGUGGCUCGGCUCGCUCCCCCAAGUCAGAAUGCUAGACUUGUCCCGCAACAGACUCUACACUGGGAUGGCUGAGCAUUUCAUCCACAAAGCUCCGUCGCUUCAGUACCUUUCAUUGGCGGAGAACAGCAUUAUAGAAAUUUCACAAAGGACAUUCCAGGGGUCUCCAGGUCUGGUUGAAGUGAACCUUCACAGCAAUAUGAUCAUGGAGAUAGAAGAAGGAGCCUUUGAGUUCCUGCCACACCUCUCCAAGCUCAACCUCUCUAUGAACUCCCUCACCUGUAUUGCUGGCUUCAACCUGAAACAGCUGAGAGUUCUCGAUCUCAGCCGGAACAGCAUCGAGACCUUCCAUUCCACCAAGUCCGAGGAGGAGUUCAACCUGGUUUGGCUGGACUUGAGCGAGAAUAAGCUCCUCCGCUUCCCAUUUUUCACUCAGGCAAGCAAACUGGCCUACCUGAAUUUAUCCAAGAACAUAAUGCAGUUUGUUAUGGUGGAAUCUCCACGUGAUGAUGAUGAUGAUGGCGACUACGGCUGGAUGGACACAUCUCUUGGUCUUCAGGACCAGGCUCAGAAGAACAACACCAGCUCUCCACAUCUGCCUGGACUGUUGUAUUUGGACCUGAGCUACAAUGAGAUCCAAGCCAUCCCUAGCGAGUUCUUCACUUCCAUGUCUGCCCUUCAGGUUCUCAACCUCAGCAAAAACUGCCUCCAGACUUUCAUGGCAAGUGCCGAGCUGGUCUCACUGGCCAUCCUCGACCUCAGCUCUAACUCUUUGCAGCAUCUGGAAUGGGGUUCCGGCACCCUGGUUAACUUGCAGAAGCUCUUCCUUCAAGGCAACCGUCUCCAAGCACUGCCACCAGACAUCUUCGCCAGCCUCCCUCGCCUCUCGCUCCUGAACCUCCGAAGCAACAACCUCUGUCUUUGCGGCUUCUAUUCAGGGUUAGCCAGGAAAAGGCUCGCCGGGGAGGACCGGGGCUGCGUCUCGUUCGUUGACCUUCCGGAACUCCAGCACUUGUACCUUUCCGACAACAGGCUGAAGAGAAUUCCCAUGCAUGCUUUCUACAGGACUCAACUUGUGGCCUUGGACCUCUCUCUGAACUGGGGACUCCACAUAGAGGCCAAAUCUUUCUCAGGCUUGGAGAUGUCUCUAAAAUAUAUGGAUUUGCACGGGAACGGCAUGACAUCUCUGAGCACCGACUUCCCGCUUUUCCCACACCUCGUCUAUCUCAACCUGUCAGACAACCGAUUGAGCUGGUUGCCUGCUUGGUCCGAGAACUGCUGUGCCUUGGAAGUCCUGGAUCUGCAGAACAACAGCUUCAGCGACCUCAAAGGUAGCAAGAUCCCGACUUUGGAGAAGAACCUGCGGAACUUGUACCUGGCGGGCAACCCGCUCAGUUGCUGCGGGAACAUUUGGCUCUCCCAAAUGAUCCACAGGGCCACUGUGGAGAUCCCCAACUUGGACCUCACCAAAUGUCAGUACGCCAAGAGCUUUGGCUACGAAGAAGAAAUGGCGGUGAGGGACAUCAGGCCAGAAGAUUGCAAGAAGGAGGACCUCAAGAAGAUGAGCGUCUUGAUCUUGGUGGCAGCCGUCCUGGCUCUGUCCCUGGUCGUCGUCGGGGUGUGUGUGUUUUGCUGCUAUCGCAGGAACAUGUUUGGCCGGCACUUUAAGGCAUAGAUCUUACAUCAAAGGUGGGCUUCCAUCCCUCCAUCCCUCGCCACUGGACGACUCUCACAUCCAAAGGCGUGAACGGACCCUACUGAAGAACGUGGGAGGUGAGAAGAUGAAAGCUUGGUCUGUGGGAUUACUCUGUGAUGACUCAUUCACACAUGCAAGUCCUCAUUUGGUGAGAAACAGCCCACCCCCCCAAAACCCCCCACCUCCUUCAGGGAUUCUCCACCCAUGAAGAGAAACAUGAACUACCCACAUUUCUCAAACUGUUGACACCUGGGACCCCCUUUUUUCUGGAUUAGAAUGGGAGGUGUAUCAAUCAUUCAUAUAAUUAAAAACCAUACAUAUUUCCUCUCCCAUCUAUCACAGGGGUGGGAAAUCCCAGGCUAAGGGGCCAAAGGUCUAUCCACCUGGUCUUCAGAACCGUCUCCAGGCCGCACACCCUUCUGAGACACAAGGCCACUCCCCCCCAGCGCACUCACCCCGCUUCCCACCAUCAUCUAAUAAUUUUGCCUCACUGGAAUGUGUCCUCGGACUCUGGAGAUGCUUCUUGCUUGUCUGGAUGAAGACUGGGGUGGGGGUGAGCAUGUGGAGCAUGUGUAGAAUCUGGACUACCGUAUAACGUUAAUUGCUCCACCCAUUCUGGCCCCUGGCCCUUGCCCACCUCUGGAAUGGCCCCCAUAAGGUCGCUCAGAGGGGAAGGCAGCCCUCAGCCCGAAAUACAUUCUCCCCACCUCUGCACUAUCAGACCCUGGAAUUGCAGGCAGGCCCCCUCCUUGCAAAGGAUGGGAUGCCCUGGUUAAUCCUUCCGUCCUUCCUCUGCCCGGGCCAGAUUGGAUUGGGGUGCUGCCUGCUGAGUAGCAAUAAUGCUUCCAGACUCUCUCAGGAGGUUGCGGGCUCCCGCUCCCUUUCAUUGGAGUCCUUAAAGCAGAGGUUGGAGGGCCACCUGCUGCGGUUGCUUUAGUUGAGAUUCCUGCAUUGCAGAGGGUUGGACUAGAUGAGAGCCAUCUACCUUCAAAUAUCUCAAGGGCUGUCACAUGAAAGAUGGAGAAAGCUUGUUUUCUCCUGCUCGGGGGGUGGGGGGGUAGGACUCGAACCAGUGGCUUCAAGUUACAAGAAAGGAGAUUCCGGCUAAACUUUUUGACAGUAAGAGCUGUUUGACACUGGAAUGGUCUCCCUUGGGAGGUGGUGGACUCUCCUUCCUUGGAGGUUUUUAAGCAGAGGUUGGGUGGCCGUCUGUCAAGGAUGCUUUAGCUGAGAUUCCUGUAUUGCAGAAGGAGGGACUAGAUGACCCUUGGGGUCCCUUCCAACUCUAUGAUUCUAUGAAUAGCCUUCUCCUCCAUGAAUUGGUCCAUUCCACCUUUAAAAUCAUCCAAGUUGGUGGCCAUCACUGCCUUUGGUGGAGGAGAGUUCCCUUCCAACUCUAUGAUUCCUAGACUUUCCAGCUGUCCCUCCCCCCCCACCGGCCAUGCCCUGCUCCACACCUUCCUCGGUUGUUUUUGCCAGGCUGGAAUUUGUCCUUGAACUCGGAGAAUGUUCCUUGAUUGCCUGGAUGGAGGAGAGAGGCCACUUUCUCUUCUGGGAAACCACCUGGGGGCCACAUUCCAAUGUUGGGCAUUAGGGGGCUCAGAGGCAAAAGUGGACAGAGCAACAAAUGUAAACGUCUGCCUUGAAAGAGUAGGUUGCUUCCUAGACACACAAACUGCUCUCUAUCCCCCACCCAGGCAAGGAAUUAUCCAAGAUGAAGGACACAUUUGAGGCAGGCAAAAACACACCAGGCUGAUACAAAGCAUGGUCAUUGAAGACUGUGCCUGAGAGGGUCUCAAGGGCCAUAGAGAGAGCUUUGAGGGGCCACAGGUUGGGGGUUCCCCCCUGGUAUAUCAAGACCCUUGCUGGGUGGGUUGACCAGCAUGUUUCGCCAGAGAUUUUGCACAUUUCUGAUCCUGCAAAAUUGAGAGCCGGAGGGUGAAAAAUAAAAACAAGCAAUGUUUGUUGACGCUUCGAAGCAAUAAAACACAAUGGACUUUUUUUUACCUCUCAUUGGUCAAUGCUUAUCUAGUGUCUAAGAACGUCAGAGCAGGCUGCUGGAUCAGGCCCAUCUAGUCCAGCAUCCUGUUCUCAAAGGGGCCAACCAGAUUCCCAUGUUGGGAAAACUGCAAGGACGACCUGAGCACCAGAGAAACUCUCCCCACCUGCGGAUUCCAGCGACGGGUGUCAUGGGCGCCCAUUUUGCAGAUUAGCAAAAUAC